UGUACAUUUUGUUGUCUUACUUGCAAAGACAUACCACCAUCUACUAGGGAAAUUUGAAGAUCAGUUCUGGAUAAACCCUGUUAUUUUCCUUGUUCUUGUAUGUUUGUUAGAAUUUGCGUAAUCUCAAAUGAAAUUUUAGAGUGAUUGUUUCAUUCUCAGUGAAGGCAAGAGAUUUUUCUUGUCUCCACAGCAUACUGACCAGCCCUGGGCCUGCGCAGCCUCCUGUCCAUUAGGCAUUGUGGGCCCUUUCCUCAUGGAGGAAGUUGCUGGGAUGUGAGGUUCACCACUUGCCUCCAUAUAGUGUUGAGGUAUCUGGUUUGUAAACAAAUAUCAGAAACAACGAAUCUUACUUGAAAAUAUAUUAUAAAUCAGUCACCAUGUGGAUGCUGUUGGCAGUACUGCUGCUGGGAAGUGUAGUGAGUGGCCAUAAAAUUGCUGUAGAGAGAACUGAUAGUGACUCUGGGUGUACAAAGUUGACUGAUGAAUUUGGCAUUAUGAUUUUAAACUGCAGUUGGCAGGGCCUGACAUCUGUGCCAGCCAUCAGCCCUGGUCAGCUGGUGCGUACACUUGACCUGUCCCACAACAGUCUACACAAACUACAUAACAGCAGUUUUCAUCUGUAUCCAAACCUAACACAGCUGAUACUUUCGUUUGACAACAUCACAAGAAUUGAGGUUGAGACAUUCAGCAGUCUUAAAACUCUGAGGAAAGUUGACCUGUCAUACAACAGCCUGAUAUUCAUUCAUCCCAACAUAUUUCUACAGAAUACAAACCUGGAGAUGUUGUCACUACAAGGCAAUCCUCUGCGUACCUUUCAUACCCUACAUACACCAUUCUUAAUAGCUAUGUCACUGCAGUCACUGGACUUGAGUCACUGUCACCUUUCACACUUCAGCACAGACAGUUUAUCUGGUCUGCCAGAAUUGAAAAAUCUGGAUCUGAGGCACAAUAGUUUGCAGCAACUAUCAUUGAACAAUGCACCUGAAUUGUCUUCACUGCAGUUGGCAGGUAACCGUUGGCAGUGUGACUGUCAUUUUCAUGCUCUACUGAUGUGGAUAUCAGCCAAUCAGAUGAUGGACUCAGACAUCAGAACUGACAAAACAGUGCAGUGCUGGCAAGGGGAUGAACUCAGAGAUCUAAUAAACAAGCAAGAUCAGGAUAGCAUCUGCAUCAGGGAGGUCACAGGUCUCCCCAUCAGAGAGAAAAUAACACCUGACUUGGCUGUUAUUGUCAGUGACAAAGAUGAUAGCAAAUUAGACACGAAUAGUUAUUUGCCUUCUUCUACCAUCAGUGAAGAUGAUGUAUGGAUGUAUGUUGAUGAUAAUGGAGAAAUCUUAAAUACUGAUGAUGAAUAUUCUGAAGAACUGGAUGAGAACAGUUAUUUCCUUUAUGUAGGAGAAGUCCCUGGCCUAUCUCACCAGGAUUAUGCAGGCUUAAGUUUGAAUGUCACUACCAAAGUUGGAGAUGAAAUAAGUGGAAAUCACAAAGUCGCAAAUUAUACCAUUCAGUCCUCAAAAGUACCUGAUUUUAUUCCAGAAGACACUGAUGUUGGUUUUUAUGAUGAAUUCGAUAGUGAUUCAGAAGAACUUGGCCAUGACAAUAUUUCACUUUUAUCAGCAAAAAUCCCUAGCUUAGAUGACAAGGAUGACAUGGACCUAAAUUUGUCUGUCAAUAUGAGUGUUGGAGAUAAUAAUAAUGAAGUUAAUAGAACAGAUGAAACUGGAGAUCCUGUAAAAUUUUCAAGUAUAAAUGAUGAUUUUAUUCAUGAAGAUACUGAAACUGGUUUUUAUGAAUAUGAAUUAUAUGGUGAAUAUCAAAAUUAUGAAGAAUCCGACAAGGAUAUUGACCCACCUUCUUCAGCAGAAAACCCCGGCUUGAAACACAAGGAUGAUAAUUUAUUUGCUGAUGUACAUUAUAGCAUGGAAAGUUCAGAUUUACAAGACCCAAAUAUAACAAAUAACAUCCGAGACUCUAACACUGACAUCUCAAGCCAGAAUAAUGACUUUAUCAUGGAUGACAAUGCUGCUCAUAACAAUAGUCAAAUAACGUCAACCUCUAGUUUGGCUGACAACAACAAAGAUGAUACAUUGAAUAACAGUCGUAGUUAUGAUUAUACAUGCAUCUUCUGUGAUGAUCAUGCAGUUCCUGCUGCUGAAAUCCCAAGCUUAAAAUAUGAUGACUAUGAAUCUUCAGACACAUUUAUUAUUUUGGAAAAUAUAAAACCUGAAGAAACAGCAAGAAAGGAUGAAGCUGCAGACUCUGCCAUUCAGCUCCUAAAUUUCCAUGAUGAUUUAAGUCCUGAGGAUAUUGCUGACCAAUUUGUCUUUAAUUUUGAUGAUACGAUUUCUCAAGAGGUAAAUAAUAAUAAUGAAAUAUCAUCUGCUGCUGCUAAUUUCCAAGACUUAACUGAUGAUGAUAAUUUUGAUAUUUACAAUCUAAUUGCUUCGAGCUUUAAAGAUUUUUAUUCAAAAACAGAUAAUCAGGGGCAUAAAACUUUAAUGAACCAAAUUAAUGAUAAAUCACAAAAUGAAACUAACUUAAAAAUUUACACAUUUUUAAGAUUUAUGAUUGUGGCAGGUACAGUUGCAAUCUUUGUGUUUGCACUGAUAAUGAUAUUUUAUUGCAUUACCAGUGUACGUGCUACACCUGCAUUUCCUAAGAAAGUCCUUGUCUGUAAGAAGGUGGAGAGAAGUGAGUCAAAGGAACAUCUCUUGCAGAAUGUAUGAUAUGCUAUUUCAGACAGGAUGAUGAACUUAAUCCAUUAAUUUAAGGAGAUGUGAAAUCACCGGUGAACUGAAAUCCAUCUUUCACUAGCAUACAAAAGGUAGAAAGCUGUGGGUUAAUGGCAGUUGUGUAUCCUGAAUACUGAGAGGGGGCAGACAACCCUGAAGGGCUGUCACAUACUUGUAGCUAACGGCCAUGCUUUCAUAAUGAAUAUACAGGGAGUCCAAAAAAUGUACUCACUCUUUGAAAGUCAAUAUCUUUGAAACAAAAUGACAUGUAGCUACAAUUCUUGCGCAAUAGUGUAGUGUAAUGUUUUCUUAACAGAUGGCGAAUGUCAUAUGAGUCACGUGAGUGUCGUCCCGCGUGAGCGCUGCGAGCAGAAGACAGCAGCAACAAUGACUAAAAGGUUGUUCUUUGAGCAAUGCAAGGCUGUACUGAAG